UGCCUACCCCUCCGCCCUUCUUGCCUUUCCCCGCGAAUACCUACCAAGGUGUCAAGUUACAGGGGAAAAGAUUGAGAAAAUUAUUAAAAAUUACCAAAAAUCGUUAAAAUAUAAUAUUGCUAUAUCAAAUUUUGAUUAACUAAUUACAAAAAUGCAGAACCCAAACGAGGAUACAGAAUGGAACGAUGUCUUACGUGCGAAGGGAAUUAUUCCUCCGAAGGAAACGGAGGUCUCGGAGGCUGAUAUAGUGAAUAUGAUCGAGGAGACAAUUCAGCAAAAACAAGCUGAAAAGGACAAGCAGCUCUCUGAGUUAGAUUUGGAUGGUUUGGACGAGCUCGAGGACUCUGAAGACGAGGCAGUAUUAGAGGAAUACAGGCGGAAGCGUAUUGCUGAGCUCAAGAGACUGUCAGAGAAACCUCGCUUUGGUGACGUGAGAGAAGUUUCUGGCCAAGAUUAUGUACAAGAAGUCAAUAAGGCAGGGGAAGGGAUUUGGGUGGUAAUUCAUUUAUACAAACAAGGAAUCCAACAAUGCGCACUUGUAAACCAGCACAUGCGGGCACUCGCACAGAAAUAUCCGUACACAAAGUUCCUAAGGGCCUUCUACCAAACUUGUAUCCCGAACUACCCGGAGAGAAACCUGCCCAGCGUGUUUGUGUAUUUCGAGGGAGAUAUGAAGAAACAGUUUGUUGGACCGCAUGAACUCAGAGGCACCUCCCUUACUUGUGAUGAAUUGGAAUACUUACUGGGCCAAGCCGGUGCAGUCGACACGAAGAUGAAGGAGGACCCGAGACCAAAAAUUAAGGACAAAUUGUUCACAGAUCUCGGAAACAAUGACUGGUGAUGACGAAAGACAGUUUCAUAGUCAGUUUUAUUGUAAUUUGUUAUUCUGGUGUUUCAAUCAGGAAUUGUACUAAGGUUCGGGUAAUUUUGUAUGUGUAAUGUGUUUUUAGCUUGACUUAAUUCAUUUCUAUUUUGUAACUUCCACAUAAAAAAUACAUCUUAGUGGUAAACAUUGUUCUAAGAAAUAUAGGAGCUGAUAUAUGAGAUACAUAUAUUUUUGAACAAUAUAUAAUAUUUAUAUAUGUAUAAAAUUGUUAUGACAACUUAAUACUGUCUAGAAAAAUAUCUCAAGAUUUCCAAACAAUCAUGUAAAAAAUCCCUUAGUGUUGUCAGGCGUGUUUUAUCUAAAUUAUAGAACCCCUAGGUCGUAACAAUAUAGUGCUUAUAUCUUAGCUCUCAUAUACUUAGUUUAGCCUGUGUUCUUUCAAAAUAACACAUUAUGUGGGUGAGUGGCAAAAAAGGGCGAGUUUACCUAAAUUCUUUGGUAAAAAAGAUCUACACGUUACUGUAUAUUAUAUAUUGAUAUUUAUUUAUUUUUGUACAUACACUGACUGGGAAGUAAGAAAUAUUAUUUUAUUGUAGUCUUAAGUUGUUAAAGGUAAAUUAAAUUUAUUUUACCUACAUAUAGUAUUAAAGGCUAGUUAUUAUAACUAGAAUGUUGUAUUGUAUGGAACAUGUAACAUUCAUGCUUUGCAGUGGUAUGGUUGCUUGGGCCCAUAAUAAAAUAUAUUCAUAUUUAUGCAUUAAUAUUUUGCAUUUAACUUCAUUUAAAUGUAAUUAUAAGUCGUUAUGGCGUCUCUAUCAGCAGACAGUUGUAAUAUAUACACUCGAACAGAACUACUUUAUUUGAAAUUCGGUGAAAUAUAUACUUUUCAAAAUUCGGACGCAAGAUUUUGGUUAAAACUGUGUUUUGUUGUGUCGCGGUACCAAUUUACGAAACCAAUUUUAUUGAUAUAUAAAAAAGGUUUACGUACAUUAUUGUGCGUGUAAAUAAAAAAAAACUGUAUUUGGAGAAAAUAAUAUGUGUGACCGCGUUUUCUUUUCGUGUUAUAAUAAUUAUCUCACUUCGAAAUUAAACGUAUUUUGUGUUACAAAGUAUUUAAACUUACGAAUAGUUUGAUGAGAUUAUUUAAUUUUAGAUUUAAGUCUCAAUAUGUUUGUUCAGUAAUGAAAUAAAUAAGAUUUUAAUUUAUGGAACUAAUAAAAAAAAUUGGUGCUAGAU